GGGACACACCCUUACACUCGGAACGGAAGUCCCACAUCACAACGUUCAUGUCUGGCACGCUGUUCACCUAGCGUCCGUUCGUUUCAGAUCGGGUGGCGUUCGACAGCGCACCCCGCGAGUCACUUUCUGCCUGCGAUCGUCCCGCGAGGCUCGAUUCCGCCUGCACCUGCCUGCGAGCCUCGGUGUGAGGCUCGCGCGAAAUUCGCGUGAGCGGUGGGUUGUAGCGGAACUCACGCCUGCUCGCGCGGGUUGGCGAAAAUUUCGUGCACGGCGGGUGGUAGCGAGCAGCAAUGGCGGUGACGGCGGCAAAUCUGUCGACGUUCGGCGGCAUCGCGACGGUGUCGCUGGUGCACUCGCUCAUCCCCACGCACUGGCUGCCGUUCAGCGUCGUCGGCCGCGUGCAGAAAUGGACGAUUCAUCAGACGCUCUCAAUCACUGCACUGGGGGCGUUCCUGCACGUGCUAUCGACCUCCAUCCUCGGCUUCACAGCAGUCACCAUGGCGCACACCCUGGCAGGCGAGGAGGCCGUGGAGGCCAUCGCCUCGCUCCUCCUGCUGCUCCUCGGCGCCUGCUACAUCGCACUCUUCCUCCUCACCCGGGGCAAACCCUCCCACUCCCACUGCCACGGACACUCCCACCUCCCAACCACCAUGGCUGCUGCAGCCGCUGCCACUGCUGCCGCCACAGGUACCAGCUCCCCUGGCGGCGCUGCUGCUGCUUCCUCUAAGAGUGCCACGGCUAGUGGGAAACCCGAGGGGAUGGAGCGGAUUGCAGUGCUGGGGUUGGUGCUGGUGCCCGCGCUCUCACCGUGCGCCACCACCCUCCCGGUGUUUCUGGCGAUCAGUGACGCGUCGAUUGGGACCAUGGCGAUAGCCGUGGCCGUGCUGCUGGCGUGCACGCUGUUUGUCAUGCUCACGUUGGUGGCCCUCUCGUUCUACGGCGCGUCUCAGGUGAAGUUUGGGUGGCUGGAGCGGUAUGAGAAGCUGGUGGUGGGCGUGAUCCUGUGCGCCGUGGGCAUUCUCACGCACCUAUUCCACCACCACGACCACCCCCACGGGCAUUCCCACGCGGGGCACCACCAUGCUUCUAUGUUCACUCCGGGUCAUACGGACAUCAUCACCGCCGGCACCAUGCUCAGCCACCACCACUGAGUGAACCACAGGCAUGUUGACUCACCUCUUCCACCAUCGCGACCACCCCCACGGGCAUUUAGAGGGUCAUGCAGGUCACAUGGGGCAUCAUCAUGCUUAUAUGUUCACUCCGGGUCAUACGGACUUCAUCACAGCCGGCACCAUGCUCAGCCACCACCAUUGAACCAUGUGGAAAGCCAUGUCGAAACUACCGCUCUGCUGGCACGCGCACAUGCCUCUGGAGAGGGGCGUGCAUGAUGUACACUUCAUACGUGCUAAUACAUAUACCGUUACGGCUAGUUCUUUACCAGGAGGUACAAGCUGGACCUCCACACCACACUGAACCAAGUGUCAAACAUGUGUAUUUGUCAUGUUUGUAUAGACUGUAUAGGGUCACCUCUUAGAGGGUACAACACUUAGGUAUAUCUGUUUGUUCUCUCGCUCUACC